AUGAAACAAUUAGAGACGCCUAAAAGACGUGUUGAAAUUACCUUAGAAUCAACCAAACAUAGCUUUAACAACCAAACAAUUUUGCCUUUUUCUUCCCUUUCUUCAGUUAAUUUAACAAAAAAUCAUUUCCAUUUGGCCGCAGCAAAAACAAUAAUAACAACAAAAAAUUCGAAAGAAUUGCCCAAAAAAUCGUCUAAAAAUUUGUCAAAAAAUCAAAAAAUAAAUAAUUUGCCAAAUAAAUUAAUUAGUAGUAGAGAAGAAUUGGAACAUUUGAGACACGCUUUAAUUAAAAAUUUGGAAAAGUUUUUGAAAAAUAAAAAGAAAGAGGAAAUUAAAGAGAAUAAUAAACAGAAGAGAUUUAUUGAACCCCCAAAAAUUCUUUUUUAUUCUAAGGAGGUGAAUUUAAUUUUAAUUUAA